UCAUUCACCUCAAAAUAUAUAAAAAUCCCAAAAUGGAGAACCCAAAAUCCGCUUCCACCUCCCAAACCGAGCACAAAAAGCCACCUAAAACCAUAAAGCAACGCUCAAAAGAGCAUCGAGCCAGGAAGAAAAAAUUCAUCGAGGACACUCUUCACCAAUGAAACCUCCUUAAGGACCAAGUUGCUCAACUUCAGCAAGAAAAUACUCAACUGAGGGAAAAGUUAGCACUAAGAGAAAAAGAACCAGAAGAGGUUAAGCAGGAGCCGAAGAAGAGAUUUGAGCAUUCUCUGCAUGAAUAUGAAGAUUAUGUGUAUAAUAGUCUUUCGAAGAAGAUAUUGGAGGAUCCGAAGGAGGUCAGGUACUCUGAACUAGAGCAAGCUACUGAGCAUGUGUGGGACUGGAGUGAUGAUAGAGUUGAUUAUGUUAAGACGUUGUUUAAUAAAAUUCUUGAGAAUAUGAUAGGGCUUGGGUCGAAGUGAUACUUUGCCUGACAUAAUGUUAUACCUAUUAAAUAAUUGGUAUGGAAAAUCAAAGGUGAAGAAAAGAGGGAGGAAAUAUUUCGACAAAAACUCUGAAAUCUCUAAAAUCCAGUCACUAUUCCCAAAAAUGGAGAUCACUGCUAACGCUAAAGAAGCCUUCACCAGCUUCAACAAAGAGCUGACUCAGCAACACAGGAAGUUAAGAAAGAUAGCUCGUGGACUGGUCAGACACAGGAAUAGUCUCCUAAACCUGUACCAAGACAUGAAGACCUUUAUGGAAACCACCAAUUACCUCGAAUGGUACAACAAAAUAGACGUAUCCAAUGAUUGCCAAAUCUUCAACACAAUCAGAUCCACCAGCCUCAUAAGCACGCACAACUUCUACAAAAUCCCUAAGAAAGCUCCCGACCAAACAACUUAUCAAGACUGUGAACUUACUGAAUAA